ACAUCUACCUUAUGUGUCGGGUACUAGGCUGUACAAUUGUUACAUAUCUGUCAACGAGCUUUUGUUAUUCAAUCAUUUUCAAAUGCUUGGACGCGAUGUUUGCGUGACGGGAAUGACAAUAGAUCAAGAUUCGAAUGAUUUCAUAUAUUAUAUGGACAAUAUCAUAUCAAUUAAAUUUCCUUACGUCACGGCCUCGUUCCGGCUAUUUUUCACAAUUAUACGCAUGGAAGCUCGCGUCGUCUGUCGGUAUGAAUAAAAGCGCUCGACUGGAUCUCGAUUCAAGCUUGCACGCGCGUCCUGACAUUUGUUAUAUUAUAUGACCACCGCGAAGACUGCAGCAGCAGAUCUCAAUCUGCAGUACCAUGGCUGCACCAAUUUAUGGGUAAUAAUACCACAGAUCGGUAGCGCAGAAAUUAGUCGCAGUUUGGAUGGACUUCGAUGUGCAUUGUGCCGUCCAGCGAAUUUUUUGCAUGUAUUCAACUGCAGCAGUGGAUAUAGCCACGCUGACAAACAGCUCAGUCUGCGUUGAAAGUCCAAAGUCCAAUAUGCAGAUCUCUCGCGCUCAUUGAUUCGCAUACGUGUGAUAAGUGUGUGUGUGUGCGAAGUCUGUGUACAUUGCGUUUCUGUCUGCUCGUGAAUCCACCUGGAAACGUCAAACGUCUGAGCUGGUUAUACCUAUUCGUACGAUUCUAAACAAACACAGGAACGUCAACUAAUUGUUCCAUUGGUUGUAUGGUUUUUUUAUGAAAAACAAAAGUACCAAGUUUAUUUAAACUCGACGUCAAUUUUAGCCCAGUCAAUGUCGAUGAAAUCACACAGUCACCAUGAUAGAAUCUUGUUCAAAAAAACGCAUGCUGUUGAGUAUGACUCUUUUAGGAGGAUUGACAGUUUUGGUUUUAAUUGUUGAAAGUCAUUGGACAGAAAGUCCAGGAGGAAAAAUAUAUGUUGACAAUAUUGAGGAUAACACAACCUGUCAAGCAGGAGAAGAGUUUAAAAUAAUAUCAGAAUGUCAUCCUUGUUCUGCAUUUGAAAUAGCCAGUCAAAGUAUAGGAGUUUGCACAAAAGCAAGAUAUAAGGAAAUCAUAGAAUGUAAAUCUGGUGAAAAAAUUACUAGAAGUUGUGACAAAGUUGCCUGGCUCGAAGAAAGAACAUUUUGGAAGUUUCAGAGUUUUACGUUUGUAGGAGCAAUUUUAUCUUGUAUUACAGUAUUUUGGAGAGAAAACAUCCUCAGACAACGUGUUGUUAGAAAAAUUGCUAGACAGUUGAGAGGUAGCGUUUGAAUUUAUUCCAAUUAACUAAAAAUAUUUAUAUCUAAAACCUCAUGAUAGUGAUACAUCAAUGAUGAUUCCUCCUGCAUAUUUUUUAUUAUUAUAAGCAGUUUUGUAAUAAUUAUUUGUAAUACAUUUUUUACUGUACAU